GCCCGUUAUGCUCUAACUACUGGCAUGCUAUAAGACCUGGCUUGGCCCCAAUUUUGGCCUCUGAUUUGGUUCCAACCCAAAGUUGGCCUCACCUCAAAAUAUGACCUGGCCUCAUUUUGGCCUCUAAAUUUUGUUUGGCCACAACCAAAAAUUUUUAUUGUUCAUAAGUUUGAUUGCAUUGAUUUAUUUGAAAAACUAACACCAAUCAUGAAUCAAUUUAAUUGAUCAAAAUUUUAAGUUAAAAAGAUUAGUUUUGGUGGAGGGCAAAGAAAAAAAAAAUGGGAGACAAAAUUUGAGGCUAGGGUAACUUUUGAGGCCAUGCCAAAAUUUGGGUUGGAGCCAAAUUAGAGACCAAAAUUGGGGCCAGGCCAAUUUUUAUUGCAGGCCAGGCCAAUGGGGUCAUGCAGACCUGGUUUUAUAGUAAGCCUUGAGUUAGUAACUAGAUAAUUUGUUAAAGUAUAUUAUGUUAGUGAAUACAUUGUCAAGUCAUGCACACUGUGGUAGAACAGUGAAGGAAAACUUGACAUAGUUAGAGAAAUAUUUGUACGGCCGGCCAGUCACACAUGGUCAGGUUCUAUAUUUAUUGUUUUCUGAUGCCAAUCACUGCUAAAUUAACAUAUCAAUUAUGAACAUUGCUGAAGUCUUUAGUUUCUCAUGACCAACGAUUCUCACCACCAUAAUGCCGUAAUUGUCGGCGUUAUGGAUAUAAAAGUUAUAGCUCAUCUUGGCAAAAAAAAAAUUAAUGAAUUUCAAACAUUUAUUUGGCAAUCAAGAUGACUUAAGAUCUGUAGCUUAUUUGUUCAGUUACAUCAUGUCUGCAGAUUAAGAUAAACCUAUUCUUAAACAUGCAAACGAUUUCACACAAAAUUUCACUUUAUUCGUAACAACAAUCUAACAAUUGUCUUUGUUUGGUGAUAUGCUAGUAACAAUAUAGUUCCUACAUUCUUCAAUCUAACAUCCUAACACACUGAUUGGAACUGGGAAGGGCCAGCAGGGUACAAAAACUUGAUGAUGUAUAUGUAACAAAUUCAAUGUGACACUCAGACAAAACAUGUAGUGUGUUUGUGGUGUGUGGAGGAAGUCAAUGAUUAGAGCUCUCACAAAGUCUCGUUUAAAUCUCACAAUCUUCCAACAGAACAGGGAUGCAAGUAAUGUAAGCCAACAAUAGAAACAUUGAACUAAGCUGUAUUAAUUUUCUGAGUCAGAUGGCACAUUCCAAAUUGAGCGUACCGAGUUUGGGUACACCCCAGCACUUUUUAGAGUGUGACAUUGAAGACUGUGAGAGGAAUUGUCAAUUUUACUGCAACCCUUGCCAUCAGCAGAUGUGUGAACAAUGCAGAGAUGAACAUCUGAAGAAACCAGAAUACAAGAACCAUGAGAUGGUCCUUUAUCAACAACGAAAACGACAACUUCGUGUGGAAAAAUGCAAGAUCCACCCCACUAAAGAUAUAGACAUGCUUUGUGAGGAAUGCCAACUUCCACUAUGUUCCAAGUGUGCGACCCAGGAAGACCAUCGGGGGCAUACAUUUAUUGAUCUGGAGACAGUUUAUGCAGAAAAUAUGGCACUUUGCCUUGGGGAGAUAUCCAAAAUCCACAAAUAUUUCCUUCCAACAUCACAAGAUUUACAGAAAGAAAUAAAAGGUGAUCCCACAGAAAUAAAGAUGAUCAUGGACAGCUUCAGAACAGCCAUGAAGGCUGAUGGAGAGUCCCUCAAAAGCAUGGUUAACGAAGUGGUGUCGGAAAAUAUACAACAAGUGGACAACAUAGAACAGUCAUUGCUGGAGAAAUUACAGAGUCAAGAUACAACAGUGAAUGAUUACAUUUCAUAUCUCCAUGACCUUGUCAAAGAGUUCCAUAGCUACCUGUCUUCUUCAAAACUUACAGAUAUAAUUCCUAAACGUUUUGAGAAGUUCCUGGAAAUCCGACCCAUACCAGGGACAACAAAACCGGUAAUACCAGUGUUUACUGCUGGUCAAUAUAGCAAAGAUGAUGUUGCCAAAUUACUGGGGAAAAUAAAUGUUAAAGACACAAAAGCAGAAAUAAGAGAAAUAAAAUCCAUGGAAAUUGUCCCUCCUUCAACAUCAAUGGAAUUUACAAGUCAACAGAAGAAACGAGACAGACAUAGGAAAUCUGAUGUGAAACAAACAAUGUCUCUAUCUUCCUCUGUCACUGAGGUCGGGGAGUUCCAUGUCCCAGGUGUUAACAAUGCAUCCCAUAUGUCACUAGAUAAAUCAGGCAGACUCUGGGUCAGUGACUAUAAUGGUAACCUUGUCCAAACAGAUCUACAGGGGAAUCAGCUACAGAAGAUACAAACCAGUCGUGGAUUGGGCUGCCACACAGUCACACAGGACGGGGAUCUGAUCUUUACAGACAGUCACAAUAAUGUCAUCAAUAAGAUAACACUGGAUAACAACAUCACAGAAUUCAUUAAAACAGGAGACUGGACACCACUCAGCAUACACUCCUCUCACAUCAAGGGGGACAUACUGGCGGGGAUGAUGAAGGAUAGAAUGGCUAAAGUCACGCGGUACAACAAGAGAGGGGAAAAACUACAGAACAUACAGAGGAGAGUUAUUAAGCCACUGUUUGGUUACCCACGCAGUAUCACAGAAAACAUCAACGGGGAUGUCUGUGUAUCAGAUUAUGAGAAACAGGCAGUAGUGGUGGUGAAUAAAUCAGGACAGUACAGGUUCUCCUACAGAGGCCAGGAGUCAGGGUUCCGUCCCCGGGGAAUCUGUACUGAUGUCCUUGGUCACAUCCUGGUGUGUGAUAAUACUACUGUUCAUCUCCUCGAUCAGGACGGCCAGUUCUUGUCUCUACUACUCACAGAACAACACGGGAUAGACGAUGCCAUUAGUGUGUGUGUGGAUGAUGAGAACAAUCUUUACGUGGGACAAUAUAGCAAAAACACAGUGACAGUGCACAAGUAUCUCCAGUGAUUCUUACUUUGUGAACAUCAUGGAUAUAUAUAUUAUAGGAAUAACGACACACCCACACAGUGUACAUAUAUCUCCAGUGAUUCUUACUUUGUGAACAUCAUGGAUAUCUAUAUUAUAGGAGUAACGACACACCCACACAGUGUACAUAUAUCUCCAGUGAUUCUUACUUUGUGAACAUCAUGGAUAUCUAUAUUAUAGGAGUAACAACACACCUAUACACAGUGACAGUGUACAAAUAUCUCCAGGGAUUCUUUAAUUUGUAAAUGUCAGUUAAAUCAUGUUGGUUAAUCUGACAGAAUGGAAAAUUUGUCACAUUAUAACUACUUAUAAAAUCUAAUUUUAAAAGUAGUUCCUUCCUCCUGUGAUGUCAUGGUUUUCAAAAAUCAAUGAUUUAUUUAUAUUUAUGCCUGAUAGGAACAUAUAUUAUGUACUUUAAUUAAAGAAUGAAUUUUGUUUGAGUCAUUUCCGAUAGUUCUUAUUGUAAAAAAUCUUGUUAAACAUAAAAUAUUUCAAAAGUUCAAGUUGUAUAAGAAUAAUUAUAAUGAUAAAAUAUUCAAAAUAUUGAAUUCAAGGGCAAUAACUCAGUUUUCAUUGAAUUCUUUUAUCAAGUCCAUUAAUAAUUAUGCAAUUAUAGGUUUCCUUUAUUUUUCACAAAAUUUUUGGAUAUGUGUUUGUAAAGAAAUUGUUUCGUGAAUUCAUUAUGAAUACUCUUAAAUAUUGCUAUAACCAGUUUAAUUUGUGAAAUUUUGGUACUGCUGUUUAAAGAAUUUUCUGACGUUGAUAUACUGAUUAAGUGAAAGGUGAAGAUAGCGACCAGUCAUCAAUCUCACAACUUCAUGAUAUAGAUAUAAUUGCAAAUUUCUGUCACAAUGAGUGGACAUUUUACAUUGAUUUAAAGGGACUGUUUCACAAUGUUUGAACAAACUAUUUUUUUUAUUUUUAAUGCUAAAUAUUAAAAGUAUAACUCAUUUAAUAUUGAUAACUAAUAUUGUGACCUUCUGAAUGCAAGAAUAAAAGCUAUAUUUUAGCCUUAAAUAUGUGUUAUGUAAACAAAGACUCAAGUCUUUUUAUGUAUACAAACAAACAAGUGAAACAUCAAUUGUGUAAUAUAAAGCAUCUUAAUUUGGCAUAUUUGCACAUUUUAACUUUUAGAUGUCACAUUUUACCCAAAGAAUGCUUGAAAUGUGAAAAAUAUAAUAAACUUAGAACGAUAUCCAUUUCUUUUGAAAAUUUCGUAAACAAUAAUAUGCCACAAUCUUUGUUUACAAAACAAAUAAUGAACUCUAUAAAAUGAGCUUCUGUGAUAAUGUAUAACCUUAUUUUUUAUGUGAAAUCUUUUAAAGAGAUUAGACAGUAGAUUUUGAUCA